UCGGACACAAAUAACUAACUACUAUUUAUAUCUCUAUUAUGUUGGUGGGAGUGGAAAUCCGAUGUUUCGCAAGUCCGUCGAUUCCAUAGUUUUUUUUUGCUGAAACGUCAAUGAAUCAGUUUUACCAAGCUGCCUAGUUGCCCUAGUAGGCGUUGCUCUCUGCAGUAUUUAACAAGUGCACCCGGACAAAGCGAGGUAGUCUCUCGACAGAGCAGGAACCCGAGAGCUCUUCAGUCAAUUUGCGUAUAACCUACAGACUUCAAUGGGCCUACUAUAACCUCAAUAUUAACACCAGUCUAGGGACUCUCAAAGCAUUCACGGGGACUUUCUGUGCAAUUUCUGUGCUGACGGAAUUACAAAGGACACCGAAAGGCCUUUUAUUGUGGAUUCUGGCUUUUUCACAACACGGCCUUCCCCCUACUGCGGUGAACGCCACCAUGAGUCUGAGUGUGAACGAGCUGACGGAGCUGAUGGAGAUAUGGGCGGAACUUAACUUCACAGGGGACAACAUGUCAUCCCACCACGUAGAGGCUCUGCUGUGCCCGGCUGGGUUCAGCCACGCGGCGGUGCUCUACACCCUCUCUGUCCUCUACAUCUUCAUCUUCCUGGUGGGCCUGGCCGCCAACACCCUGGUGGUGUGGGUCAACCUCCGCUCAGAGAGGAACCGCUUUGAAACCCACCUGUACAUCCUCAACCUGGCUGUGGCUGACCUCUGUGUGGUGGCUACUCUCCCAGUCUGGGUCAGCUCGCUGCUACAGCAUGGCCACUGGCCCUUCGGCGAGGCCAUCUGUAAGAUCACCCACCUGGUGUUCAGCGUCAACCUCUUCGGGAGUAUCUUCUUCCUCACCUGUAUGAGCGUGGACCGCUACCUGUCCGUGGCGCUGUUCGGAGACGGAGGGAACAGCCGCAGGAAGAAGGUGGUACGGAGAGUGAUCUGUAUCCUGGUUUGGCUGCUGGCACUGGCCGCCUCCGUCCCAGACACUUACUUUCUGCAGUCGGUCAAGUCCACACACUCUGACGCCACCCUGUGCCGGCCCGUCUACCCCACUGACAACCCCCGAGAGUGGAUGGUGGGCAUCCAGCUUAGCUUCAUCGUCCUGGGCUUCGCCAUCCCGUUCCCAGUCAUCGCUGUCUUCUACCUGUUAUUAGCGAGCUCCAUUGGCAACGCCAACCCGCCCGGCUCCAGCGCCAACUCAAACCAGGAGCGCCGCAUCAGCCGGAAGAUCAUCCUGACCUACAUUGUGGUGUUCCUGGUCUGCUGGCUGCCCUACCACGGAGUCCUAUUGGUCGACACUUUAUCUCUCCUCAACGUCCUGCCCUUCAGCUGCAGGCUGGAGAACUUCCUGUAUGUAUCCCUCCACCUGACCCAGUGCUUCAGCCUCAUCCACUGCUGCAUCAACCCCGUCAUUUAUAACUUCAUCAACAGAAACUACCGUUACGACCUCAUGAAGGCAUUCAUCUUCAAGUAUUCCACCAAGACGGGCCUGGCCAAGCUCAUUGACGCAUCACAUGUGUCCGAGACAGAGUACUUGGCCGUGGCGGCUGUGGAGAAUAACGUGUGAUUGGCCCGCUGGGAGAGGAAAAUUGUCCCUGAGGGGAAAAUUGUCUUGGACACACAGAGGUGAUGUCACACAACUCACAGAGAACUGACUCUCUACCAAACAGACUCUACUUAAGGCCUGCUGAAUGGGCUGAACAGUUAACUGACUGAAUGCAGUCCCUGGGAAGGACAUCUCAAGCACAUUAGACGCACUGUAAAAGACCAAGACCAAAUAUGCUCUGUUUCAGUGUAACUCCCGUUUUGUUGUUCCCCCUUUCUGAGUGAGUUUGGUUAACUUCCCCCUUUCUGAGUGAGUUUGGUUAACUUCCCCCUUUCUGAGUGAGUUUGGUUAACUUCCCCCGUUCUGAGUGAGUUUGGUUAACUUCCCCCUUUCUGAGUGAGUUUGGUUAACUUCCCCCUUCCUGAGUGAGUUUGGUUAACUUCCCCCUUUCUGAGUGAGUUUGGUUAACUUCCCCCGUUCUGAGUGAGUUUGGUUAACUUCCCCUUUCUGAGUGAGUUUGGUUAACUUCCCCUUUCUGAGUGAGUUUGGUUAACUUCUCCCUUUCUGAGUG